AAGCUAAUUUAUUCUUCUAUGUUUUAGUCUCCUCCUUUCCUCUCGAUCUUAUCCACUUCCCUAACCAGACCAAACAAGCUUCCUCAAAAAGCACAAGGAAGAACGAAGACAAGAGAUUGAGAUGGAGGAGGUCAUCGUAGACGAUUCAGAGAUGUACGGAGCUCUUGUCACGGCGCAGUACGCACGGUUGCAUCAUCGUCAACACUGCGGAGAGAAUCAGUGUACCUCUGUUCUCGUCAAAUACAUCAAAGCCCCUGUUCAUCUCGUUUGGUCACUUGUCCGAAGAUUUGAUCAGCCUCAGAAGUACAAACCGUUUGUAAGCAGAUGUACAGUCCAUGGUCAUCCUGAGAUCGGUAGUCUCAGAGAAGUCAACGUCAAAUCUGGUCUUCCGGCGACAACUAGCACCGAGAGAUUGGAACAGCUUGAUGAUAAUGAACGUAUCCUCGGUAUCAACAUCAUUGGUGGUGAUCACAGACUUAAGAACUACUCUUCGAUCUUGACUGUACAUCCGGAGAUGAUCGAGGGGAGAGCAGGAACUAUGGUGAUUGAAUCUUUUGUUGUGGAUGUUCCUCAAGGCAACACCAAAGAUGAGACUUGUUACUUUGUGGAAUCACUCAUCAAGUGUAACUUGAAGUCCUUGGCUUGUGUCUCUGAAAGAUUGGCUGCUCAGGACAUAACAAAUCCCAUCGCCCCCACCUUCUGAAAAAACUUGGAGCGGAAUCAUUUAGAGCUGUGUUUGAAGAGAUUCAUUUAGUCUGGUUAUAUGUAUAGAGAAGCAUUUGUGGUCACAUGCAGUGCUAUGUUUUAGAUCAGGUCCAUAUGCCAUUUUGAGCCUGUGGUGAAAGUUUUGAUGUAGUUUAGUUUCUGGUGUUUGUUGGACAGUGUCUGUGUAUUUAUGAACCAUUUGUAAGAACAAACCAGAGCUACUUGAUAUGUUGUUGGUGGGUCAAUCAGAACACAUACUCCUGUUUUUGAGUACU